CAUUCUGUGCCAUCAGCAUUUUGAUUCCGCAUCGGAAAAUGUUGUCUGCUGCCAACGAGGCUGUUUCCACGUCUUCAAUAUGUUUUAAAACAAACGUCAACAAAAAGUACUGAAAAAUAUGACAAGCACGUGAUAAUAUGGAUGAAUCUGAACUUUCGGAGGAAAUUUUGUUGUUGGAAGAGAUCUACAUACAAGAACUAGAAGUGAAAAGAAAUAGCAGUGGUCGUACUGAGAGUGUGGCACUUCAGCUACACCCAGCUACCGGAGAAGACCUUGAGCAGAGAUAUGUCUGUAUGACACUCAUUUUGGACCUUCCAGAACAGUAUCCAGAUGUUUCUCCAGAGUUCACCAUCAAAAACCCAAGAGGGGUCAAUGAAGAAGAAAUACAAAGUUUGCUGGAGGACAUGCAUAAACUGUGUGAGGAAAGAAGAGGUGGUCCUGUCCUGUAUGAGCUGAUAGAGUUAGCCAAGGAGAUUUUAACAGUUGGCAACAUUCCUCACUGUCCUUGUGCAAUAUGCCUGGAGCAUUUUACAGAGGGUGACAACUUUACAAGGACCGAGUGUUACCAUUUCUUUCACGAGUCCUGUCUAGCAAGAUAUGUUGGCCAUGAAGUGGCUAAAACUCCAGAAGUUGUACCCGCUCAUAGUAAUCUUGCGGACAUGAAGAAAAAUAAGCUGCAGUGUCCCAUAUGUCGAGAGGAGAUCAGUUACGAGCCCAACAGUCUGCAGUCCCUGCUCUCUGAAGAGCCCAUAAAAUAUGUUCCCUCACCUGAGAUGAGAGCUCUGCAGAAGAAAAUGGCCGCCACUCUUGAGAGGCAGCGGGCAAAAGGCGGAAUUAUUGAUGUGGAGGCAGAGAAGAAUAAAUACCUUGUUCGAGACGAUGAUGUUAUUUUACUGAACCUACCUAAGACAACAGAAAAUAAUGAUAGGAAAACUGAUAAAAACAAGAGAUCAGAAAAAGGAGACAAGUUCAGAAGACUUUCCCCUAGAGAAAAUUCCUAUUCCAAAGAUGAACAAUCUGGUGCAUACAAGAAAGUUAAAUCUGACUCUAAUCUUAUUGAAUUUGCGGAAAGGUAUGACAAAGAUUAUCGACCUUUGUCUGGUUUUCGUAAAAGAAUGGGUCGUGGAGUAACUAUGAAGGAUGGUCACGCAUAUUCUGACGAGGAAAGGUGGAAAGAACAAUCCAGAGGAAGACAGCCAAAUGGUAAUAGAGAUAGAACGAAAAAAGAUACAGGAAGCGGUGCAAAAGGCGAUUCAGAGAAGCAAGGCAUGUUUGAUAAGAGAAAAUCUGAAAGGGAAUACUCUGAAGACAACGUUAAAGAUAGGAAGGGCGGAGGUAAACAAGAAUCCAGUAGUUCUGGAGAGUUUAAGCAAAAACAGGAAAGAAAAGGUUUUGGUGUACCGCCAAGACCAAGAAGUAAAAAUGAAGAGGUUUUGAAAGAAUCUACCACAGCAUCUAAAAAUAAUGACACAUAUAAUAGCACAAGUCUAAAUCAGUCUCAUUCUUGCGAUCGGAAAAAUCAUGACAAAAAAGUGGCUACUAGAGAUGACAAUACAAGCAUUGUUAAAGAUGAGCAAACUAGACGCAACGAUUUUAGCAAGAGCAAGGAUAUAAGGGAAGAUAGAAAUAAAUUGAAUGAAAAGCAUUUAGAUUCUACAAGAGGUGACAAUGGUUCUGAAAAAAGACUAGGUUCUGGAUAUAGAAGAAGACAGGAAAGGGAUUACAGAGAACAAUCUGAUUCUUACUACCAGAGACAUUCCAAUAGAGGUGGAAACAGAAGAGGUUCUGGUGACCCUAGGGGAAGAAGAGAUGCAAAUGAAAAUAACAAUAAGGAUGAUGAUAGUGGUGGUGUUGACUUUAAAGCUACUCAAACAGCAGGAUUGGGUAGAGACCUUCAAAAAGGGGAUGUUCGAAAUGAUACAGGAACUAAUUCAGAUAGAAGCAAUAACACAAGAUAUACUGGAGAGAGAAGAGGUUUCGGUAGACCACCAAAUAGGAGAUAUACUGGAGAAAGAAGAGGUUUUGGUAUACCACCAAAUAGAAGGCAUGACCAGAAAUCUGAAGAUGGUGAUAAUUCCAGUCAUGUUGAAAACAAGAAUGAAAAGAAGGAAACAAAAACUGGACCCGAAGUUGUUAAUUCAAAUAAAACAGGUGAAACUGGUGGCGAAGUGGUUCGUGUUUGCGAAAGUGCAAACAGUAGUACUGUCAAAGUUGAGUAUAAAAAUGAUAGUAAUGAUGUUCAACACAAAAGUGGAAGACAAGAUGGUAGAAAGUCUAAACCUCCAGGGUUUCAUAAUCAAGUAAAUCAACAAAAUAAUGACGAUGACUCUGACAUGAAGGGUGACAAUGAUAAGAUUGUUACUGGGACUAGAUAUAGGGGGCGUGGUCGGGGUUACAAUAGAAAUAAGUAUCGUUCAGAUGCUAUGAAAGAACAUAAAGGUGAUAUGCCUAGAAAGGAGAAUGUUUUUGAAAGUUUGCCAAAGCAGAUGUCUGAUUUAUCUGUAAAGGGUGUGGAUAGUAAAGAUUCAUCGGUUGUGAGUUCUUUGUGUUCAAAGAAACCCCCAGGGUUUAAUCGAAAUCCUCCUCCAGGAAUAAGACCGUCAGAUAGGACUUGUGACGUCAGUCCAGUACCAAGCUUUCAUUCGUAACUCUGUGAUUCUUGUCUAUUAGAAAAUAAAACGAUAAUGAAUUCAUCA